AACAUCGAAUGUUCAGAAGAAGAAAGCUUGGAUUCGGAAUGCUGGGUGGCAGAAAAAGAAAGAGGGAGAAUGACUGGGAGAAAGACGCUGACAGGAUCGCCCCUGUCUAGGUAAACCUGGGUAAAUUCUUUCAGGAAUACAUUUAGGAAGUCGUGGAAUGACCUGAAAGAUGGCAGUCCCUGGCCGAGGCAAUGGACUGCGGUCAAGGCCGCGCGGAUUCGGACGGCUGCUUGUUGUCGCAGGAUUGUUUCUUCUGGUGCCAAUCUUCACCUUCGUUGCAAUUGAGCUUGCUGGAGAGCUGAGGACUAGCCCGCUGCCCCACUUGCAUGACUUCUAUCAUGGCUUCACCGAAGGCGAGGAAUCUGACCCCUUUCCACAUGGGGAGAAGCUGCAAGUUCAAGAUGGCGCCCUAGAAUCACCAAUCGGUGGCGAUGCUGCACCGAAGUUGAAAAAUAAGGUUGGUGAUGUCCCUGAAUUUGCUUUCCAGCAGAUUGGUGGUUUGGGAGAGUUGGUCAAAGAGCAGUAUAACGAUCUGAUGCGCGACAGGCCCGCCACGCGCACGGCAGUGGAUGCGCAAGAGCCAGGAUGCACUUUUGCGCUGGGUGUCGAUAGGACGGAAAACAUCACGACAAAGCGGCUGUACGACGAGAUAGCCUUUAAGAAUGAGGAGGGGGGUGUGUGGCGCCAAGGCUGGCCGAUCACAUAUAAGGGAAGCGAGUGGGACAAGCGCAAACUGCGCGUGUUUGUGGUGCCGCACUCGCACAAUGACCCGGGGUGGAUCCGAACGGUGGAGGAGUACUACAACGAGCGGACGUUCAACAUUUUGAACGUGAUCGUGCAAGCGCUCAAGGCGGAUUCACGGCGCAAGUUCAUCUGGGAGGAGAUGUCGUACCUGUCAAUGUGGUGGAGCGAUGGGAGAGUGACGCAGGCGCAGAGGGACGACUUCACGUGGCUCGUGCAGACGGGGCAGCUGGAGAUUGUGGGGGGGGGCUGGGUCAUGAACGACGAGGCCAACGCGCACCACUUUGCCAUCGUGGACCAAAUGAUCGAAGGCCAUGCCUGGAUCGCCAACCACUUAGGCCCCGCUGCCCUGCCCCGCACUGCGUGGGCCAUCGACCCGUUCGGUCACUCCCCCAGCAUGGCCUACAUCAACAAGCGCGCGGGCUUCGAGAGCAUGCUCAUCCAGCGCACGCACUACGAGGUCAAGAAGAAGCUCGCGCUCACUCGGGACCUCGAGUUUGUGUGGCGCCAAGCGUGGGACCCCGCAGAAACGACGGACAUCGUCACGCACAUGAUGCCGUUUUACAGUUACGAUGUGCCCCACACGUGCGGGCCGGACCCGGCCGUCUGCUGCCAGUUCGACUUCCUGCGGCUGCCGCGCUCGGGGAGCACGAUCUCGUGUCCCUGGAACAUUGCGCCGGAGGAGGUCAACGAGCACAACGUCAAGGAGAGAGCGGAACUGAUCCUGGAUCAGUGGCGCAAGAAGUCAAUGCUGUUCCGGACGAACGCCGUGCUCAUUCCGCUGGGGGACGACUUCCGCUACCAGAGCCAGCUCGAAGCGGAGCUGCAGUACAACAACUAUCAGGCCAUCUUCGAUCACAUCAACCGCCAGGCUGACCUCCACGUGGAAGCCCAGUGGGGCACCCUUAGAGACUACUUCCAGGCGCUGAGGGAGGAGCUGGCCGCGGAUUCUCCGCUAGACGUGCCAAUGCAAUCGGAUACGCUUCUCCCGGCGCCUGGGAGCCUCUCGGUGCUUUCCGGCGACUUCUUCACGUAUGCGGACCGGAUGCAAGACUACUGGAGCGGGUACUACGUCUCGCGCCCCUUCUACAAGUCGGUCGACCGCGUCCUCGAGGAAACGCUCCGCGCGGCCGAGAUCCUAUUCACACUGAGCGCCCCCCAGUGCGCGCGCGGGAGCCUGGACCCCUUGCACGCGCACCUGGUGCGCGCGCGGCGAAGCCUGGCCGUCUUCCAGCACCACGAUGGCGUCACCGGCACCGCCAAGGACCACGUGGCAGCGGACUACGGGGAGAAGAUGCACGUGGCGCUCAAGGGCCUGCAGACACUGAUGGCUGCCCUGCUACCGCUCCGCCUUGCUCCCGCUGGCACCCUCUCGUUGUGCCGCCCCGAUUUGGAGUCCCUGUUCUUCAUCCCCGAGGAGUCACGCUCCGCGCACCAUCUCCUCCCGAAGAAGCGCCCGGUUGACGUCUCCCGACUAGGUUCCAGACUGGUCCGCAUAGUGCUCUACAACACCCUGGGGGAGUUCACCGACCAGGUCUUCAGCACGCUGGUCCGCUUAUCCUCCGAGGACGUAUGCGUUUUGGACGGCGAUAAGCGACCGGUGGACAGUCAGAUCAGCCCGGUAUGGGACGUGAGUGGGGGGGGCGGCUUGCACCGGUUGCACUGGCGCGCGCAGCUACCCGGGUUGAGUCUUCAGACGUUCUUUCUCGCGAAAGGGGCUGCAAACUGCCGGCCGGCACAGCGCGCGACUGUUCAGGUUUUCAAUCAGGAACCAGGCUUCGAGUGUCCCGCCCCUUACGGAUGCUCAGCGCCCAGGUCCCUGGAGUACACCAUCUCCAACGAGCAGCUGUCCGUCACGGUGGAAACCGUCAAGGGCCUGGUAACGCACGUCACUGCGCCCUCUCCCGGCGUCACGUCCGGCCAAGUCACGCUGAUCGACGAGGAGUUCGACGCGUACUACACGCAAGAAAGCGGAGCGUAUUUAUUUCUGCCGAUCGGUGAGGCGGAGGAGAUUGUCGUGGCGGGGGGGCAAGUUCUCGUAACGGAGGGACCCCUCUUCAAAGAGAUCCACAGCAAGUUCCGGACCACGUUCCCGGACCGCCAUCCUGUCGUCCGCUCUGCGCGCCUGUACGCGGGUCGCACCGUCCAGGGCUCUCUUGUCGAGAUGCACCACCACGUGGCAAUCGGGGACGCAGCCUUCGACGACCGCGAGUUCAUCGUGCGGUACAGGACGGACGUCGAGAGCGGGCCCGUCUUCCACAGCGACCUCAACGGUCUCCAGAUGGCGCGCCGGGAGACGUUCUCCAAGAUCCCCCUCCAGGGCAACUACUACCCGAUGCCCGCGCUCGCAUUCCUGCAAGACUCGACGCGCCGCUUCAGCGUGCACACUCGCCAGGCCGUCGGGGUGGCGAGCCUCAAGCCGGGCUGGCUUGAGAUGAUGAUCGACAGGCGACUCGUGCAGGACGACAACCGGGGCUUGGGCCAGGGCGUCACCGACAACCACCCCAACGAAGUCGUGUUCCACCUCACGGUGGAAGCGAAUGUGUCCCUGACAGGGCCCCUUCCGCAGCCCUGGCACCCCUCCCUCCUCUCCCACCGAGUCACCAACAGGCUCGCGCACACAGUCCACGCGUUUGUGGGCCCGCCAGAAGAUUCGGAAGCAUCCGAGAUUGGCUCCAAAUACAACGCCCUGCCCACGUGUCUUCCGUCCGACCUUGAGAUUCUGAAUCUCAAGAGCAUGAGGCCGACGAAGGAAGCGAAGACGAGUGUGCCGGGCGCGGCGUUGCUUUUGCAUAGGCGGGGUUAUGAUUGUUCAUACGGGUUGGGGAGUCUUGUGGGUGUUGCGGAUAAGCCCGCCAAGGUGGUGGGCGCUGAUGGGUUGUUCCAGCUCGAUGCUAUGUUCGCAGGGUUUGAGACGAAGCGGGUAACUAGAACCAGCCUUACGUUGAUGCACGACCAGCCGCUCGAAGCAGGGGCCGGGUUCGGGAAGACGGUGGCGCGGUUGUUGUUAGGAGGAGGUGGGGAGGAUGAUGCUGACGUGGCAUCUGCCCAAGGGCUCAGCUCAAGACAAGAUGAGCAGGGAAGGGAAGGCACGCACAGAAGGUCGCUUCAACGAGUGCUGGGCGAAGGCGGUUCGGAGGACGCCGUUCCGGGUUGGGGCGGGAGUGUGCGAAUAGGGCCGAUGGAAAUUGCAGCCUUUAAGUUAAAUCUGGUACCUAGGACUUCUUAAUCUCUAGGCCUUUGGUCUUCCAAGCUCAGGUGUUGACAAAAGGCGGGUUGGCACAGCAGUCUUGACUUCUUGUACCAUAAUGCAUUUAUGUGGCGUCGAUUUCGGGUCGUGGGAUAGUGUGUCCUGUUGUGCCCAACAACUUGUCUCUAAAUCGACCUCGAU